AUGACAUCUCCAGGCCGGUCACUGAGUACUCUCCCAGAAGAGAUCCUGUCACAGAUUCUGGAUCAAAGCACGUUAAACGGGACUACACUUCAUGCCGGGGUACAACACCCAAAGCGCGUCUACAGCGAGCUCAGAGCACUGGCCCUCGUCUGCCGUCGCAUACAUAGACUCGUGACUCCACUUCUGUUCGAGGGCAUUACCUUCUACCAUGAAUAUGUGUGUCCUUCAUGCAUCAAGGACCGCAGUAUUGUGCCGCCUUGCCGACGGGCACUUGCUUUGCACCGAGUGUUGCGGGACAACCCUCCGCUCCGGGCGAAAUGUCUCUCACUCGACAUCAUUAUCGACGAUACAGCCGAUACCUCUGACGAGGACUUUCAAGUGGCCAAUGAUCUUAUUACGUGGUUAACGCGAACUCGGUCACUUCGCUUCUAUGGUGGGUUCCAUGAAGGCGUUUCUGAGGGGCAACGGGCGAAUGCGUUGGCUUUGAUUCGCAAUGCCAGUAAGGGCAUGGUUCAGCUGAAAGAAUUCUUGCUCGAUGGCGAUGAAUUCAAUAGUCGCGGACUGUCAUUGGCAGAAGCCAUGGAAAAUAUUAGCUUCCCCUCAUUAGAGGUAUUAGCGAUGAUCUCCAAUGGACCUUCCGACCCUGCUGAUCUCCGGAGGAUGCUCUCCUCGAAGAAAUCACGCGGGGCGCCAUUCACCUCUCUUACUCUCAAGUACUGCAAGGACCUUCCCGAAGCAAUCGAGCAGUUUGUGUACUGGCCCAAGCAGCUGGUGGACUUCACCGUCAACACCUCUGGAAACAAGCUUGUCAGUCGUGUGAGUCUCCGCGAUGCCCAAAAAUGGCUAUCCAUCCACAAAGACACUUUGAAAUACCUCUAUAUCGAUCUCCUCGGCCACGAUCAAGGCCUUCAUUUCGACGCAUCCAUCUUCUCGCGACUCGAAGCACUCCGGCUCUCCCGAACUCAGCUCAACGACGAAGAUGACCGCUGGAAUAACGACCUCCGAUGGGAACCCUCCCAUGCCGACCGGGUUCUCUCCCCCAAGCUCCAGACUUUCGGCAUGUCGUUUGGGAUCAUGGGGUGCUGUUUGAUUAACAACUUCGGCGAUAAGGAAGUCAACUGGCUGCGCUGCCUAGGGAAGGCUGCAGCUAGCAAGAGAUCGGCACUGGACACGAUUGAAAUCCUCUUUAAUCCGCUCAGUGCAUACCCGCACAAGUAUGGCGCUUAUCCAGAGGAUUAUGGAUAUCCGUGGGAUCGGAUCAGUGGACUCCAGGCGGAGUUGGCGCGGUAUGGGAUUGAUCUGGUGUAUAAUAGUCCGCCCUGGACGAAGGAAGAGUGGGAAGCGAUGAUUUCGAGAUGGUUAUCUGAGAGUGUAGCUGUCGGCUCAUGA